CGACGGACUGUCUUGCUUGCCGAGGUUCUCUGUCCCUAAUUGUUCCAUUCUUCCUGGCGAGUCUCUCCUCAGACGGAGUACUUUACUAACUUGCCAAACUAUUAACUAAUCCUGGGCUCUGGAACCUCGUAUUUUGGUGGCCGGAGGAUCGGGGGCAUAUAGGCCUAGUCCAUUUCUCCUCGUACAAGCGAGUCACCGCCAGCCACGUCCCCCGUUUCAUAUAUUUCUGAUCUGGCCGACGCCUCCUUUUCUUUUCUUUCCACCAACACCUAGCCAAGUACUCCGUAAUACACUCCGGUUCACCAUGAUUGCCGCCGACAACAACUUCGACGUCAUUAUCAUUGGCGCCGGCAUUAGCGGCAUCAAUUCUGCCUACCGUCUUCAAGAAGGUCUCCCCGACUACUCGUACGCCAUUCUCGAAGGGCGAGCGGAAAUCGGUGGCACCUGGAGUCUGUUCAAGUACCCUGGGAUCAGGUCCGAUUCUGAUCUUCAUACCUUCGGCUUCCCCUGGGAUCCAUGGAAGGAAGACCGUUCCAUCGCUGACGCGGGAUCGAUUCUGCGAUAUGUUAAGACGACCGCCGCUAGACAUGGCAUCGACAAACACAUCAAGUACCAGCACAAAGUCGAGUCGAUGAAUUGGUCGACGGAGAACCAGCAUUGGGAAAUUGAUGUCACGGUCGACGGGACCGAGAAGCGAAAAUACUACUCACGAUUUAUCCUUCUGGGCACCGGCUACUAUGACUAUACUCAAGGACUCAAUACCAAGAUUUCCGGCAUUGAGAAUUUCAAGGGCACCGUCGUCCAUCCUCAAUUCUGGCCAGAGGACCUUGAUUACACAGACAAGAAAGUCGUUAUCAUCGGCAGUGGCGCCACUGCUGUGACCCUCCUCCCCGCCAUGACCGGCAAGGCCAAAUCGGUUACCAUGCUUCAGCGAUCACCCAGCUAUUUCCUUCCCAUCCCUCUGACCGAACCCAUCGAUGGUCUCAUCAAGCGGAUUUUCCCCGAAAAGUGGGCGUAUCAACUCAUCCGACUCAGAUUUCUCAUGGUCGGUUUCCUGUUCUUUCAAUUUUGUCGACUCUUCCCCAAAAAGGGCCGAUCUGUCCUACGUGAAGCCACCGAAAAGGAGCUACCUGCCAAUAUUCCUUUCGAGCCUCAUUUCGUUCCUCGGUACAAUCCCUGGGAACAAAGAAUGUGUAUCACGCCAGGUGGCGAUUUCUUUGCGGCAUUGCGCACGGGCAAAGCCGACGUUGUGACCGACACAAUCCAAGACUGCAGCGCCAACGAAAUCAAACUCACAUCGGGGGCAACUCUCCCUGCAGACAUAAUCAUCACCGCUACCGGCCUCAAGAUUCUAUUUGGUGGCGGUGCUAGUGUUUCAGUUGACGGUGAGCCCUACCAAAUGAACCGGAAAUUCAUCUGGCGUGGUGCUUUGCUACAAGACCUACCAAACUUCACGUUCAUCUUUGGGUACACCAAUGCCAGCUGGACCCUUGGGGCCGAUGCCACUGCACAAUUGUGGGUUCGUCUCCUCAAAGAAAUGAAGGCCAAGAACAUGACGAGUAUGAUUCCACGAGUCAACGAAAAAGAACAAGUGGCGGAAGUCCCUCUUCUGAACUUGAACAGUAGCUACAUCAAGGCUGCUCAGGAGGCGGACACACUCCCCAAGGGUGGUGAUCGGGGGCCGUGGGUGCCUCGGAGCUCGUACCUUCGAGAUAUCUGGCAUGCGAAGUUUGGCGAUAUUCGCACCGGGUUGCAAUUCAAUAGGAUUUCGACCUAGAUGUAAGGUGGCAGCCAGGUGUCCGAUGGGUUCAAGGGGUUUUCAAGGGCGUUCGUUGCGUGCCGUUUCAGCCUUCUAUUACUAGUUGAACAAGACUGAAUUAUCCCCUUCAUGGUUGCGAACAAAUUUAUAAAAUUGAUGCUAUGUUUGGCUGUCGGGUAUAAGAUCUUCCGAGCCGAAGCCCGUCGCCGCCGCUGCUCUGUCGGCCU